AUGUCCAAAUUCGGCACCCUCGUCAUGGGCCCCGCCGGGGCGGGCAAAACGACCUUCUGCUCCGCCCUGAUCCAGCACCUCCAGCAUAACCGGCGGUCCUGCUACUACGUAAACCUCGACCCCGCCGCCGAAGACUUCGCCUACGAGCCCGACAUCGACAUCAAAGACCUGAUCAGCCUCGAAGACGUGAUGGAAGAAAUGGGGCUGGGCCCCAACGGCGGGCUGAUCUACUGCUUCGAGUUCCUGCUCGAGAACCUUGAUUUCCUGACCGAGCCGCUGGAGCCCGUGACGGAGGAGUACCUGAUUAUCAUCGACAUGCCGGGCCAGAUUGAGCUGUAUACGCAUGUGCCGAUCCUGCCGACGCUGGUGAAGACGCUGAUGAGGGGGAGUCUGAAUAUCAAUAUGUGCGCGGCAUAUUUGCUAGAAAGCACGUUUGUGGUGGAUAGGCCGAAGUUUUUUGCGGGCACGCUGAGCGCGAUGAGCGCGAUGCUUAUGCUGGAGAUGCCGCAUAUUAAUAUCCUGUCGAAGAUGGAUCUGGUUAAGGGGACGGUGCCGAGGAGGGAGCUGAAGCGGUUUAUUGAUCCGGACGCCGGCUUGCUGGACGACGACCCUGCGCGGGACAUAACUGGCGAGAGAGGCGAAGAGAACGGCGAGGAUGACGAUCCAACGGCAACGAAGAAUGUCAUGGGCGGGAGCAGCUUCAACAAGCUGAACAAGGCUGUCGCAAGGCUCAUCGAUGAGUUCAGCAUGGUGUCUUUCCUCCAACUGAACGCACAGGAUGAGGACAGCGUCGGUGCUAUACUGAGCUACAUCGACGAUGCGAUACAGUACCACGAGGCGCAGGAGCCGAAAGAGCCGAUGGAUGAGGUUGAGAACGAUAUCGGCUAUGGGGAAUGA